CGCCAUUUCCCAAACACCAAUGAAUUCCAAGCCGGGCUACAGUUUGCGUCCACGCUUCCGUCGCCGCACCCCGUUGCUGGACGUGGCCUUCGCCGUGCUGGUUGGCGGCAUCUCGGGAGUGUACAUCUUCAACGACACCCUGCGGAAGGUCGGCAUGCCACCUUCCAUCGAUGAGGCCACCGGCGGCGGCGCGGCCUCGGCCGCUGCCGAUGCUCCCACCCCGCCUUUUGCAAAGGAUUAACGCACCACGAUGAUAUCCUUCCAGUAACCUCCCGAAAUAACAAUACACCCCAACAUGCAUGCCUUCGUUUACUG